AUGUUAAACUAUCAGCAUGUUAGAGAUAGCUAUGGAACAGAUGGAGCUUCGACAUUGAUUCUGCCUGCUGCUAAAUCGUUAUACGACAAAUUCAAAAACCUACCGGGUGCACCUCCACAGUCAGUGCAAGACACCGUUGGAGUUAUUCAUUUUGAGAGACACCUUUCACUAUCUACAUCCUCCGGUGGCACUUUCUUGAAGUUUCCUGGACGAGUUAGCUGCGCCGGCGUUUAUGGGGCCGGUUUGGCAGUGGCUGGAGAUGAUAGCAUUCGUAUCAGUUGCUUGUGUAGUGGUAAUGGCGACGAUAUCAUCAAAAUGAGAUUGGCAGGAUUUGUUGCAGACCUUCUUCUACGAUGUGCCCAAUCUGAUGAAUGGCAAGACUUUCUGGCAGUCAUGGUGCAGAGCAUUGUUAAUCAUAGCGAAUCGACUCAGUUGUCAGGGCUCAGUGAUAAGCACGAAGCCAUUGUCUACGUUGGUGUCAUUGCAAUCAUUCAGCAGGGAACGCGAACGACUUUGGCUUUCUGCCACAGUACAGAGUCGUUUUACUUUGGGUUUAUCGAUAGUGCUGGGAAUCGAGAGGUUGUCCUAAGCACACAACCCGAUGAAUCUAGAGUUGGCCACUUCGUAGGCGGACAGUACAAACUUUGA